GCAAGAUGGCGGCGGUAGCGCCGAGAUGGAGUAGCCGCUCAGCCUGAGCAGUUUUUAGACAAAAUAGCAUAAAUAUCUAACUUAAAUCUGAAAAUAGCACAGUAUUUGUUUGGACUUUUCAACUUUCGCUAAGUUUUUAAUAUUUUCUCUCAGAAUGUUCAAAUUCUAGUUGUCUUUUACUCUGGUCCAGCAAGCAAACAAGGCAGAAAGUAUAAUGGGAGAGAAGCUAGAGCUGAAGCUCAAGUCGCCGGUCGGAGCCGAAGCUGCGGGAUAUCCGUGGCCAUUACCAGUAUAUGAUAAACAUCAUGAUGCUGCACAUGAGAUUAUUGAGACCAUACGGUGGGUGUGUGAGGAGAUCCCGGACCUUAAACUGGCGAUGGAGAACUAUGUGCUCAUUGACUACGACACAAAAAGUUUUGAGAGUAUGCAGAGACUAUGUGACAAGUACAACAGAGCUAUUGACAGCAUUCACCAGCUGUGGAAAGGUACAACUCAGCCGAUGAAACUGAAUAAACGGCCUUCAAACGGCUUGCUUCGACACAUCCUGCAGCAGGUCUACAAUCACUCUGUAACUGAUCCAGAGAAGCUGAACAACUAUGAGCCUUUCUCCCCUGAGGUGUACGGAGAGACUUCUUUCGACCUGGUGGCUCAGAUCAUUGACGAGAUUGAGAUGAUGGAAGAGGACACUUUUGUGGACCUGGGCAGCGGUGUGGGUCAGGUGGUUCUGCAGGUUGCUGCUGCCACCAACUGUAAGCACUACUAUGGUGUAGAGAAGGCAGAGAUUCCAGCCACGUACGCAGAGGCAAUGGACAGGGAAUUCAAGCGGUGGAUGAAGUGGUAUGGGAAAAAGCAUGGGGAGUAUACACUGGAGAGAGGCGAUUUUCUAUCAGAAGACUGGAGGGAAAGGAUAGCAAACACAAGUGUUAUUUUUGUAAAUAACUUUGCAUUUGGUCCAGAGGUGGAUCACCAGCUGAAGGAACGUUUUGCCAACAUGAAGGAAGGUGGAAAAAUUGUAUCUUCAAAACCUUUUGCACCUCUCAAUUUUAGAAUCAACAGUCGAAACUUGAGUGAUAUUGGCACAAUAAUGCGUGUUGUUGAACUUUCUCCACUGAGAGGCUCAGUGUCUUGGACAGGGAAGCCAGUUUCCUACUAUCUGCAUACAAUAGACCGUACCAUACUUGAAAACUAUUUUUCUAGUCUUAAAAAUCCUAAACUCAGGGAGGAGCAGGAAGCAGUGAAACGGCGUCAACAGAAGGAGACCAAGGACAGUAAAAGCAGCAGCACCACCCCAACCAAGCCAAAGGAGCACAAGGAGUCAGGUGGUGAGGAGGAGACCUUGGGGGCACUGGUACCAGUGAAGUCGUCACCUAAACCACGUCGUGCCAAGCUACUUGCCAAGGGCCGCAAGCUGGGCAACAGGAAACGCGGGCGGCCCAAGAAGUCCAUCAUGGCAGCAGCCAAUGAACGCAAGACCAAGAAGAGUCAGAGUGCCCUAGAACUGCUUCAUGCCAAGACUGUCUCAGCAGCGCCUCCUCAGGAUGCAUACAAAUCGCCUCAAAGCCCCUAUUACCAGCUACCUCCUAAAGUUCAACAUUACACAGCUGGCCAGCUGCUGCUCGGCUCCAUGCCUGCGGGCCUGCAAACUUUACUGGAUAAUUUCAAAGUCCAGUACAUGCAGUUCUUGACCUAUAUGAAGACACCACAGUACCACACGAACCUGCAGCAAGCUUUGGAGAAAGAGAGGCUCAGACACACUGAAUUAUCAGGUCAAGCCCAGCGUCUGAUGAAUGCCUGUCAUGCUCACAAGGAGAGGAUCAGGGAUCUUUUCCAGGCCAAACUAGAGGAGCUGGGAGUAAAGGCAGUGACUGUAGAGGACCUGAUGCAGGCUCAGAAAGAGAUCAUGGCUCAUAAUAUGCAGCUGAAAGAGCAGACCAAGCAGCUGGAGAGAGACAUGGCUGAGCUUAAAGACCAGAGCCUGCUACUGCUAAAGGCUCGCUGUGAGGAGCUGAAACUGGACUGGGGGUCUUUGUGUCUCGAGACACUAUUAAAGGAAAAGGCUGCUCUGCGUAGACAGAUCUCUGAGAAACAGCGCCACUGCCUAGAACUUCAGAUUAGUAUUGUGGAGUUGGAGAAAAGCCAAAGACAGCAGGAGCUACUACAGCUCAAGUCCUCCUACAGCCCAUGCAAAGACUCUCCAUACCGCAAGAGCAUCCCUAGCCUAGAGCCCCGCCCCCCUACAGACACUAACACCCCCAAACUAGCUGAACUGAAUGGCCUUAGCCCCGAGUUGUCCAUCAAUGGCACGGCAUCUCCUAGCUAUGAGCGUGGAGGCGGCAUCAACUGCUUCAAUGGCAAGAAUGAGCUGCUCUCCCACUACCUUCCAAUCUCCCCCGAACAUGAGAUUGUGCCACCCACUCCAGAGCCUCGGAGCAGGCCUCUAGGACAGCCCCUGCCCGACUACACACGCUUUUCUCCAGCUAAGAUUGCUCUGCGCAGGCACCUCAACCAGGACUCCGCUAUAGGCCAGGCCAGGGCGCUCAGCACUAUCCACAGGGGUGAUGUUGGUGUUGUGUCAUCUCCAACCUUGAAACAGGGCUGCUCCUCACCAAGCGCAGCUGAAAAUCAGCAACCAAAUGCACUCAAGAGUGUGGAGAGGGUGAAUAAGGAAAAGAGCCCCGCUGGACCAGGUGACAGUAUAACCAGUCUCCCAAUCAGCAUCCCUCUCAGUACUGUACACCCCAGCAAACUUCCUGUCAGCAUCCCUCUGGCCAGCGUGGUGCUGCCCAGUCGUGCCGAGAGACUGAGGAAUACUCCCAGUCCUAUGUCUAGUAGGGAGCAGUCAGCAGGGCCAAGCAGCAACAGCAAGCAACCUCUGACACCUAACUCAGGGUUGGUGAAUGGCUCCCACUCUGCUAUAUGUGAUCAAGACUGCAAUUCAAUGUCUCCUCCACCCCACAUGCUGGGUCUUCAGUCACGUGGGUCUGGCUCCAGCCCUCUGCUGAGCACUGGCGGAGUGCUGCAAUACGCAGACAGACCCCCUCGUCUUCCUGAUGAGGGCCACCAGCACCAUAGCCUUGAAUCUGAUCCCGAAACUCUAGACAGUGAGGCUCGCCGUCACAUGUUCUUCUCUUCCUCCUCCUCUUCGUCUUCAUCCUCCUCCUCUGCCGGAGGCUCGCGCCAGCAUCAUGGAUCAGCCAAGCAGGGAAAACACCACAGCAGUCACCGCCACCAUCACCACCAUCAUUCUCCAGGCUCUCACGGGUCGGAGGGACGCAAGAGAGGUCGCCGGAAACGCAGCUCCUCUAGCCUUGUUCCAGCAAGUGGUUCCCCUAAAAAACGAUCAUUCCCUGGGAUUAACUACUCCUCGGGUUCCCCACUUAACAUAAACACCAUGGUGAACAACAUUAAUCAGCCUCUGGAGAUCUCAGCCAUAUCCUCUCCAGAGCACACAGGUGGCAGCCCUUGUGAGACGGACCUGGACCAGCCACCAGUACUUAAGCGAGAACGCCCGCUGGAGAUUAACGGCUCCAACCGUGACUUAUCCGCCCCUAGCUCAGAGGAUGAGGAAACUGGAUACCCAGCAGACAGUAGCUCCUUACGAAUUGAAAGGAAAAUUGCAACAAUUUCUCUGGAGAGCAGAGAUGGUGAGAGGGGUUCACAGGGCCGUAAAUCGGGGGCCAGUAGUGUCAGCAGCGAUGUCUCCUCUUCUUCCAGCAAGUGGAAGUCCACCUUCUCACCCAUCUCUGACCCCAAGCCUACUCCUCCAGACCUGCGCCAGAGCGGCUCCCCUUUCUGUGGGGGGAUGUCUUGUGGCCCAGACUCUGACUCUGAGCAGAAACAGCAGAAGCGAGCAGAUCGAGAGCGCAGUGAGCAUUAUGGCAACCCUAAACCCUUUCUAGGUCUGGACAAAGCACGGGAAUCCUUUCCUAAGCAAAAGGGACGCGAGUGGGAGCUCAAGGCUGUCAGUAGUCUGACCAGCCAGAACCUCUUCAUCUCUGCUGCAGCUGGUGGAGGCCUCCUGUGUGGAAAAGCGGGUAGAGCCACGGCAGUUUCUUCUGCCUCCUCUGUGGGACAGUAUUUCCCUCUGGGCGGAACCUCUGUCUUACAGUCUUUAUUUGGAGCGCAGACUCCUAACCCGGCCACCAGCGGACCUCCACGAUUGGUUAACGGUCACUCUGUGCUGGGCAGCUUUUCUAGUGCUGGACUGGCAGGGGGCGCUGCGGGAGGGAUUUUUCACCACAUGACGCCUUCAGUGUCCUCUCAACAGUCUGCGCCCCCCAGUUCCCAGCACAGCCACUCUUCCUCGCAGCAGAGGAAUCUGGAUACCAAAGCCGGGGCCUUGUUCCUGGCCCAAUAUGGCCGCACGCAGACUGUCCUGCACGCUCCCUCCCCUCCUGUGCUUUCCCUACCUCCCCCUCCUCCCCUUCUCAACACUUCCUCCUCCUCUACUCCUCUCCAGCCUUCCCCGCCACGCUCGGAGAGGAAGCAAUCUGUUUCCCUCCAAACGCUACAUGUGCUCCCCGUCUCCUCUUCAUCCCCCUCUUCUGCUCCUGUCACUUGUAUCACGACCACUCCUGCUGCCUCCUCUUUGUCGCGGCCCUUUACACUGCAGUACCAGCCUUCUGCAAGCAGCAGCGGCGGCGGCGGCGGCGGAAGUGGUGGAGGCAGCAGCGGUGGGUUGGUGAGCUCCUGGAGGACUCUGGGUAUGCAGGUGCCCUACACUGCUCGGCCCAGAUAGCAGUGCCAUGAGCAGAAACGGGGUGGGUGGGAGCUCAGAACUUGGGGGGUAAUUUAUAAUUAGGAGCUGCUGUAUGGUACCUGUCAAGCUUGUGCCUCAGUCUGAACAAGGUAUGUGCUUUGCUUUUGUGUGUUCAAGCUGCUCAUCAGAUAUUUGCAUGCUCCUGUGUAUGCAUGUGUGUAAUGGCAUGGUAAUUUAUUGUCUAGCUUCUCAUGUACCCUUUAUUAUUGCAGGUAACUGAAGCAAUCUACCUCAACCCAAUGCAACCUAUGCAAUGGACAGGUGUAGACCAACAGGCUCUUCCUCACUGGUGCUCCAACAUUAGCUAAAGCCACCCGGUGUCAGAGCUUGACACCAGUGCAUCUGAAUACACAUGCAGAAACACAUGUGUGUACACACACAAACAAACAGGUCAGGACCACUCAUAACCUUGUGCUCUUGUCUGGUUAAAGUUGUAAAAAAAAAAAAGGAGGCACCGACAAAAGUAAAUAUGUCAUCAAUUAUUAAUUGUGUAUUUAAACAAUGCCUUAGUGGAUGUUUUUUUGUGCAAAGUUUGGGAUUUGUAAAAAAAAAAAUUAAGUCCAAUAAAAAACAAGGCAUCAGCUUGAGCGAUAAAACUAAAUUACUGAACAUUUGCUCCAUGCUGAAGCCCAGCACUGUGUUAGCCUUUUACAUUUUCUGGAAUACUAUGGAAUCUUCUUUAGAGGUAAAUGUGGGAAUAUAGACUUGAACAUGAACAUGAUUACAAAAAAAAAAAAUUUACAGCUCUGUAAUGGCGUCGUGAAAUGUUCUGAUUUAAAUGAUUUUAAACGGCAGCGUUGAGUACAUACCACACACAUAUUCCUUUACAUUUACACUGGAUAAAAGCCUAUUCACUACAGCCAACCGGCCCGAUAAUUGAGUCAGCUCAAUUACUUUGUUGUUUUGGAUUACAUUUGAUCUUUCCUUGUUUUUUUUUUAAUCUGGAAAUUCUCGACUCGUUAACACACACAGGGACUGAAGCACAAAUGAUUAAACGUAUUUACCAAGUUCCUGUGUGUGAAAACAUCAAAUCUUUUAAAGAGAAACAUAAUGUACAAUAUAUAUACUAUGUCUCCUUUUUAAAUAUAAUUUAGAUUUUUCUAAACGAUGCCUACGUGUAAAGGUCGGAGCUCGGCGUUCGACGUGAAAUAAUCGAUUCAGGUGAUUUUUUUUUUUUCUCCUUGUUUCCGGAGACAAAUAAAGAUCCAUGGUGCUGAAAACACUUUUGUUCGGAAAGGUGCUAGUUAUCUGCUUUUGAAUCAUGCACACCAUUGAUAUUGUGGUGCUCUCUGCAAGUAGGAAAACCACACACAUACACAGACGAUUGAAAGAGGAAAAAAAAAAUCUUCAAACACUGGUAUCAUGGCAAAAAUAAUCUACUGUGCAACUGCCGCAUUUUUUUUUUUUUCUUUUUUUUUGAGGUUUUUGUACUGUGAAUGAAAGUAACUCUCAAUGUGUAAUUGUAUAUAAUUUUGAAAUAUUUAUCAUUUUUUGUUGUGAUUGUUUUUGUUGACUUUGUGUUAACGUACUGAGUAAUUAGUGCAACUGUGUACAUGACUUAAAAAGAAAAAAAACAUGGUGCUACAAUCUAACUCUGGACUGUGCCUAUUUAUAUUAAGAACAUCAAAUAACAUACAGAUUCUGGGUGCUUCUGUUGACAGGGACCUCGCAUUAUGUAGCACCAAGUGGAAAGCAAUCAGACGCUGCAAUGAUCCAAGGCGUUUCUAAACUCGAUUCUUACUUGAUCGUUUUCUAGACUUUUAAAGUGGGGACCUAUCUCCCCUGGUGCUGGCGUUUGGCCCUCUCACGGCCAAAGCCUUCUGUCCACCGUUCUUCGAGUGCUUAGAGUUUUCCACAGGGUGAAAAUCUUUGACAUCCAUACAGUCGGAAUAGACGAUACAACAACAAAAAAACAAAAAAUAUAUAUAUAUACACACAACUUCCGGUGCAUAUUCCCUCACUGACCCUUUAAUAGGAACACCUGUACGCAUACAUGUACGUACACUUCUCUAAUCAGUAGCUUGUAUAUCCUCAGCAGCAGCACAGUGUGUUCACUCACAGUGUUACUCAGCUUUAAAUAACCUUCACAUUGCCUCAGAACAGAGAAAAGCUCUAAUCUCUGUGACUUUAACCAUGGUACAGAUGGGCUGGUUUGAGUUUUUUUUUUUUUUUUUCCAAACAUCUGGGAUUUUCACACAAAACAGUCUAUUGUUUGCUCAGAAUGGUGCAAAAAACACUGAGUGAGAGACAAAUGUGUGUCUCUCCUGAACAAAAGAUCUGAGGCAGUCUAUCAUGGGCAUAUAAACUCGCCCAAACCAGACAGCCUGGAAAAAGAGUAAUCAAGUGGGUCUGUGCCCAUGAUAGACUCAGAUUCCUGUUCUUGGCUGACAGGAACCUGAUGUAGUCUUCUGCUCAAGGUUUGUAAAGAGUGAUUGUGUUAUUUAUUAUAGACUUCCUGUCAGCUUAUGCCACUCAUUUUCUUCUGCUCCCAGGAAUCAACCAUCUGAGAUACUUAAACCAGACAGUUAAAGUCACAGAUCAGACUUUUUCUCUGUUCUGAUGUUGAAUGUGAUCAUUAACUGAAGCUCCUGAGCUGUAGGAUUUUUUUUCUUUCCUUGUUGUGCUGCUGCCACACAAUGGGCUGAUUACACUGCAUGAAUGUACAUGUAUUCCUAAUAAAGUGGCCAGUGAGUGUAUGUCACAUUUUAUCAUGAUCUUGAUAUUAGAUCUCAUCGCCUAGCCCUACUUGAAGUGUGUGGAGACUGUUACUGGUGUUGUGGGAUUGCUUAAAUUCUUUUUUGUGUGUGUGUUUGAACCUGUUUCUGCUUAAGUCAAUUAGUAAAGAUAUGAGUAUCACAUCCCACGACGCAUUAGCAGCUCUCUCAACAUUCCAGGGUGUGAGCCUGUUGUCUGGUGUGAGAAAGAAUUCAGACAUUUAAGUUGUAAGCAUUUUUUUAUUAUUUAAAAAAAAAAAAAAAAGGUGCUGGAGAAGCCGCCGUGUUUAAGAGCGCCGGGGUCAGUUCUCGUCCAGUCGUUAUCGUCACGGCGACUGUGUGUGUAAACUAGAAGUGCAUCACCAUGCUUAUGUUCUCUGUGAAGUGAGGACAUCGCGUACAUCAGCCAGAGAAUCCAGUAGGACGUAACCAGCACUGUCGAUAUACGAUGUAGUCGCUGUUAAAGUUAGCUGUGUACCAGUUUGUGUUUUAUUGCUUGUGCUUUUUGUUAAGAAUUAAGCUGAAUAGAAUUUAGACCAGUGAAUAAUGGUGCUCUCCUUCACUUUUUUUAAACAAGGAAAGUGCAGCUAUACGUUUUUAAAUACAGACAAGACAAAUAACACACAAGGUUUGCUCUUUGUGCUUUCUGUGAUCUUCAUUGUUUCAGCUUCGAGGGUGAAACUGCUCUAAAGCCUCAUGUGUGGAAGUAACUUGUGUAAUUCUUAUUAACACAACAGUAGAGUAGAGGGUAGUGUGUGUGUAAAUACAUAUAUAUUUACUCAGGUACAUGCAAGAUUAGAUAAGAAUUUGUACAUUUCAAGGCAACUUCACUUUGUAAUUUGGGUUUAAGCUGUAAAAAUGUGUAGUCUCAGGAAGAUGCCUUACUGGUUUGUCUCAAAUGGAAAGGGAAAAGAUUCAAAUAAACCUGAACCCAUCUUCUCAGCGAGUUUUCUUUUUUUUUUUUCUUUCUUUCUUUCUUUUUUUUUUCCCCCCUUGCGUUCUUUCUAGAUCAUAAGGUUGUCUUACCCUUUUUCUAACGUCCGGCCAGCUUUCUCCAGCCACGCUCGUCUGCACUCUGUUACCUGUAUUUUCUCUUCACGCUAAGUUAUAAAGAUGAACGUAGUUCUAUGUAAAAAAAAAAAAAAAAAAAAAAAAAGUAACUUUAUUGCAUUACUGUCAUAUGGAAUGACCAAACUUCCACUCUCCACAUAGAGCAGGAUAGGAUGAUGGUGCAAUAAGUCUUCACCAAUGUUCUAAUUGCUGUUGUUGGUGCUGGUUCUAUUGC